AUGGCUCACGCGCUCACGGCUCCCCUCACCGCUCCGCCCUCAACAUUCAUCAAUAGUCUGCAUGUUGGCUCAACGAUUAACUACAUCGGUCACCCCGCUCGCAUGGUUCAGUCAUCGAAACUUCUAAGAUCUUUCGUUGCUUGGUUAAUUGAAGCAAUCACGCAGUCUAUUCCUACCGUUAAUACGGUCUGUUUAACCGGCGAAGACCGGGAUAUGGUCCGCACGCAGGCCAGCCUGAGCUAUUUCAUGGGUUGUCUAUUCCUACCGUUAAUCCGGUUUGUUCAACUGGCCAAAACCGGGAUACGGUGCGCACGCACGCCAACAUUAGCUAUUUCAUGGUCAAUUCCGAUCGUCAAUCGACUUAAGCAUAAGCCAUCAUCUUGGAAUGUGCGAGCUGACCUUACGCUUGUGCUGGGGGCUUCCCUGGUUGCCGCCAGGUUAGACGCCACGAAUUCGUUGGACGCCACGGGUAGCCUGUGGCCCGACACCCUCACACGUCAACCUCUCAAUGUGAAGCCUGUCUCUCGAAGGUUUACAACUGCUACAACUCAAAUGUCUGAACCUCGUCAGCUUCGUGCGCGUAAAUUGGUACCAGUCGUCCUUUUGCCCCCUGGAGCUGGAAAGUCUGCCCCAACCAAGGAGGCUGAGAGUGCGACCGCCGUUGAAGCUAGCGGCAAUGCCGUUUCCGACACCGUAGCCUCCCAGGCCGUCGGUCUUCCUACCCGCUCCAAGAAAAAAACCGACGCCAGCGUCGAAGCCAUCGUCAACACCGAAUCGACUCCGGCAGUCAAGCGCCCUCGUCGUUCCAAAAAAAAAAAUUCCAAAGCUGUCAAGAGAGCGCCUGUGCGGAAUUCGGAGCCUGAGAAGUCAGCUGUGACUACAGACAAUGAAAGCGUCACGGACACCGACACUAGCAUCAAGGCCGUGGUUGAGGCCCAACCCACUCAGGAUGAACCAUCCUCCACCACAGCAGACGCCAUGGUCGACCAACAUGGACUCAGCUCGGUCACGAAGACUUUGGGUCCUCUCAGUACUUCCGAACAUCAAGACACUGCGAAAACCAAUAUCCCCAAAACAAUCCGCGCCUACGGACGCCAAAAAGAGGUUAUGCCCGUGGACGACCCAGAUACCACGCCAACCCAGAACCUUGUUUCUCGCGAUAAUCGACGCAAGGAUGACAUACCGGACGCUGCCCAAGACAUCUUUUACAGCAGAAACCCGAAUGCUAGGGCUUCAAAUGCCUCUGCUUCUGCUACUUCGGUAUUGCCUUUGGGUCUCCAGGCUACGCUAAUCAAUGAUUCUUCUGGUUUUCUUCCAUCUUCACCGCUCUCCCGCACGACAGGGCCCGCUCCUCGUUCAAGGGGCCUCUACAAAAUACGUAACCGGCCGGACAUCCCCCCCCUCAAUGUUAUUGACCCUGCGCUGAACUUUCGCGAGCCCUUGACCCCGGACCCAGCGUCCAGUGAUGAGGAAUUUGAUUCCACGAUGCCGUCGGAUGACGGGCUUCCCCUCCCUUCAGCAUCAGCUGUUCCACAUCCAGGGACCAACUAUUUCUGCCGUAUUGGCAGAGCUAUCGAGGACCUGGGUUAUGUAGGUUAUCGAUCAAGGAUUGGGUUGGCUGGGCCGGGCGAUUGGGCUGCGUAUGCCCCAUACAUUUGUUGGUAUAAUCGCGCCAGUCAUGAAUGGGAGCAACUCCCCCCAGGAUAUACCACAGAGAAACCUCGGGCGUUACACGAUCUUGCUGAGGUGGAGGCAUGGUGGGAGGUGGCCAAUAUAAUUGCCCAGGAAAGAGCUGAUGAGCUGGACGAUGAGUCUGCCGGCGCAAAGGAGUCUGGGCAGGAAGCUGUUGAAGUAGAGUCAGGCAGGGAGAAAGAGUCAGGCGGCCCAAAGGAGGACAACAACCAAGCAGAGUCAAUGCCCGAACCAGAUCAAGAUGGCGAAAAGGGCUAUAGAUCGAGUUCUUGCGGGUCAGGUAGCGACUUCGGCGAAACUGAGGAGGCGAAGGCACGUCAACGUGAAUGGGCUCGCAAAAACCGGGGACGGGGCCAUGAUGAGAUGGAUACCGCGGAAGAGGAGGCUGAUGAUGAGAAGAGGAUGGAGGAAGAGGAUGACCAGGACAGGCGUCGAAUGAGCAAGAAAAAGGGUCGGAAGGGGCCUUUGGGUGCCAAUCGCAGCAACGAAUUGGGAGAGGACCAGGUUUCACGGGGUCGACAACGUAAACGAGUUGCAAGGAAGUCAAAGGACAAUGGGGGCUCAGGCCCAGGCGAAAACUUUGCAGAAAAACUACGUCGGCUUGCGAAGAGCAAGCCACCAGCGCAACAGCCUUCAGCAGACGGAGAGGGUUCAGAUGCGGUGGCGGAAGGUGCUUCUGAUGAGGGUUUGGAGGCGGACGCGGAAGGUGCUUCUCAAGAGUUUGCACAAAAACUGCAUCGCCUAGCGAAGAGCAAGCCACCAGCGCAAAGGCCUUCAGCAGACGGUGAGGGUUCGGAGGUGGACGCGGAUGGUGCAUCUGAAUUGCCCACUGCACGGCCUGUCACGAGCACAAAGGCACUGGGCAAAAGGCGAGACGAUCCGCCACAAUCAAUGAAGCGUGGCCCAUACACGGCUCAUGAGACUAAGCUGGCGAUGGAACUCGCGGAAACGAUUGUCGCGCAUUGCAAGAACAUGGGUCGCACGCCUGAGUCUGUGCUGCGGAAAGGAGGGUUCAAUGUGUCUCUUUCUCGGGAAGCGUCGCGAUGGGACAUUUGGCAGAUGUACUUGCGUUACCAGCCUUACAAUCCCAGAAAAAGUGAAGGCUCAUGGGUUACUCAGGCUGCCGCCAUGUACAACAAUAUUGUGGAGAAGUUGUCGGCCGAUCAGAUGGAUAAUUUCGUGGAGGAGAUGGUGUCAGAGUUGGCCGAGCUCAGGCCUGAGAUGGACGGGCAAGAAUUUAAGAUAACAAAAACAGCGCUGAAGCAAGUUCAAGACUUGGCAACAGCCCUGGGACGUGCCGACGUCGACAUGAUUGGAAUCAUCAUUCCGCGGGAUCCGGUCGCCAACCAAGCCGCUACGGUCGUUACAGGCAAUACAAACCUUCAGGACGUCAUUGUGCACUGUCAAGCUGAUAUCAAACAGAUGCUACAUCAUUUAACGACGCUCCUUAGGUAA